AUGCUAAGAGCAUUAGUGUUUGAAAAGACUUCAAACCCUAAUAAAUUGGAGAGAAAACAUGUUUCGCACCGCUCGCUUGAUGACACCGAUUUGCCUGGCGACACAGCAAUAACAGCAACUUCCAAAUUUACCGUCGUCCAGGAUUCGACAACAGGAGACGAUCCAGGUGUACUUUGCUACAAAGGCGAUCUUGAGGGUCUCCGAGACCUAUUAUCAAAAGGCGCUGACCCGAAUGGAAUCUACCAGCACUAUCCGCUCUCGAUAAUCGCCCUUCAGGCGCAAUCAACAAUGAAAAUAAUCUACACAUUGCAAAUGAUAAGAGCAUUUAACGGAAAAAUAGAAAUUCGAGACCCACAACUGAAACGCACAGUUUUACUCGAAUCCGCAUCAAAACUAAUGAUUCGUGAACUCGACUACGUCAAAAAUUAUCCCAACUUAAUUCAAUGGUUGGUCGAAACCAAUUUGUUUCACAUUCACGAGAAGGAUGUCGACGAGGGGUGUGGAAUCCUUCAUUUUGUUGUGCUCACGAAACAUGACAAAUAUAUCCCGUCGCUUUUAAUGAAGUGUAUAGGAUUGGGAGCAGAUCCUCGCUCUGAAGAUUUUAAAGGGUAUAAUGCCCUCGCAUACAUAGUGAAGGCCAAGUCUCUGAGCACUUUAAUGGAGAUAAUGGAUAAAGUACCGCCGAUGAGAGACAUAGAAGUUUUGCAACGCGCUAUCGCCAAAACUUCAUGGAUGAGCAAAAAAAGGUCUUAUCUUAAACGAUGGUUAACGUUAAGCAAAGACUGUGAUCUGCAUCGAUACCAUUCAAUUUAA